CCACAGAGUGCAUGCAUAAUUCCGUCUGAUCACAAGGAACUAUUGUCUCCUCCGCAGCCGUCCCUAGUGUCAGUCUCGAACACUAAGGACGGCUGCGCAGGAGACUAAAGGAACUACUGCCUCUUUGCACGUUUUUUUUAUAUUGGAACGAUAGUAUUAUCAAACAAAUGACGUUUCACGUAAGCAAGAGAAGACUUAGGCACGAGGUUUUGCACGUUUUCCUCAACAAAAGUGUGAUUAGAUUCACGUAAGGUAGAGAGAACAAGGACGUGAUAUAUUACACGUUCCUCUGUUUCCUUGACAACAGUGCCGUCAUCUUGCCGCGGGGUCUGGUAACGAUUAAUUAUGCUCAUAAGGCAUAACCGUACGGCCUUCUUGCAUAGAUAAUCAUCACCACCUAACAGAACUGUCCUCGAGUGUACGCCUAGACUGGAAAGCAAAAUGGACUCUCCCUCCCUAAAGGUCAUAUGUAACCAAGCCUCGUUCAAAAGUUUGACUGUGGUCAAAGAAGUGAAGAAGGGGGAGUUCUUGUGCGACCUGUGGGGGGUGGUGUCGCCAGUGGGUAUGCACACGGUGCAAGUUGACAAAGAGAAGCACAUCCUUCCCGCCAGCAACCUUAGCUACACCAACCACUCGUGCGACCCAAACGCCGAGUUCGUGUUUAAACCUCGUAAUGGGAUCACUGUGCCUAAAGGGAAGGAGCUGUCCUGGUACCUAGUAGCGCGGCGUGAAAUCAAGCAAGGCGAGGAGGUGACGUUUGACUACACACUCACUGAGUACGACAUGAAUGAUCCGUUCGAGUGCAAGUGCGGAGCAGACGACUGUCUGGGCACGGUGCGCGGAUUCAAGUAUCUCAACAACAAGCAACAGCAAGAGCGAUUGGCCCACAUUUCGCCUGCUAUUAAAAAGAUUGUUAAUAAUUAGGCAUUCGGGUGAAGCGCUAAGGAUCCUUAAAGAUUAACACGGCAUGGACAUGAAUACGGAAUACGGAUGUAGGAAAAAUGAUUGAAAUUCUUAAAAAUGUUUUUAUCCAGACAAUAUCCGCUUUGUGUAGGUUCUAAACUGUAGCUUUUAAUGAUGCUUCAUUCAUGUAUUGUUCAUAUACAUAAAGUGCUGACCUUCAUCGAAACACUUACCCAACGUCAAAUUACAGUGAAUAAAAUUAUUUUUUACUAAA